AUGGCGGUGCGGCAUCGAGAAGAGGUUGAAGAAUUCGACUCUAGAAUUAAACCGAAUUCGUGCGCAGCUUUCAAAAUUAGGGUCAUUCAAAUCAGAGAAGAAGGUCCCGCUCGAAUUUUCACUGUCAAAGGAGCUCUUUUGGGCAAAACACGAUCGGUUCUUGAAAUUUGCGACACAUUCGAAGUCCCGAGCGAUCCGAGAGAUCCACUGAGCUUCAUGGACUUGGGAUUCCUCCUCGAGAAACACGACCAUCUUCAAGAAGUCACCAGCCUUGACGUGGUCGGCUGGUACUGUACGUCUAUUCAUACAGUCGACCACCAUGAUCUGGCGCAAACAAAGAUGCUCUUCGAAAAGCUCGAUUCGACUGUUAUUAUGAUGAAAGUUGAUCCUUUCAAUGAUGAAACACCAGCCGUGAUUUUUGAACAUUUGGAUGGCGAAAAUUGUUUGGAGCAGCGCGAAUUUAAUAUGGAAACUCAAGAUGAAGAGCGGAUCGGAAUGGAUCGAAUUAUCGGUGAUGGUCUGGGCGACCACAGCGCCAGUGCUGCAGAACGAGUUCUUGAAAAGGUCAAAAUUCUCGAGAAAUACCUUCAAGCGGUAGCAACUGGCGAGCUUGAAGGAGACAUUGACAUCAUUCGGCAAGCAGACAGUAUCUUCUCUGACCCGCCUUAUGCUCCGCCAGAGAUAAUGGACAAACACGAAGAAGAUGGACGAAUGAUACAAGCACUUACAGAUGUGACUUUGAGCUCGAAAUCACUCCACCAGUACGUUCAAAUGGACAACGGCCUGGUCAAAAGAGCUGGUACCAAUCAGCUUUCGGGCAAGUGGGGUCAGAAAAUCGUCUACAACCAACACUUAUGGGAAGCCGCUUCCGAGUCGGAGCGAGAGAACUUCCUCAUGAACUUAGUAAAACUUGCCAAACGCUACCUCUCUCCGACGCAACUCUCCAGCAUUACCUUCAAGAACAUCAACGUAUCCACGCCCGACCGCUCUCAAACACAAUCAGACGACCUCACCGACGCCAGAAUCGCCGAUUAUCAGGAACUAUCAGACGUCGAGCAGACAGAUCUUGGCGAUAUCCUCCAGAAUUGUGAGGGCGCGCUUCAAAAUGCCGAGGCGUUUGCUGAACUUCUCCAAGGAAAUUUAUCCUCUCUUGACGGGGAUAAUAUGUCGGCAAUUAUGAAAUCAGACUCGGACAUCAAAGAGUUGAUGAAAACACUCGACAAAGCAAUUAACGAAGUCACCCAAAUGGGUGCCAUGAAGUCGCAACAGAGUUUCAUUCAAAUUUCCGACUUGAAUCAGCGCCGUCUUGUUUCCGAAAUAGCCUCAAUUGUUGACCAGCUAGAAAUGCCAAAAGAACAUCAUCGCGCUCUCCGGGAUGCCGAUUUGGACUCAUCUGACGGGAUAAAAUCGGCGAUUGCAGCAGCAGAGCAUUUAUCAAGAGCGAUGAAAGUUGAACUGCCAAUGGGAUUAAGCAAUAUUGCUUCGGUCAUCGAGCAGCAAAAGCUCUUCAACGAACUCAGAGCCAAGUUCUCCCAGCGCCUGAUGAAGCAUCUCGAGAACCGAUUCCUCGAGCAACGCGAUCAUGUUGGCGAAGCUUCUGAUCGAGGCGCGCUAAAGCUUCCUAAACAUACACAGCUCCACAAACGACUGAUGCCGUAUCGUCCGCUGAUCGUGUGGCUGCGAAUGAACGAUCAAACAACUUUCAUGAGUCUUGUUGCGACGUAUACAGAAUCUGUGAGGGGCGUUUAUAGACGAGAAAUAAGACAAUUCCGGGAAUUAGCAGAGAAGCGAUUUGAGGACCAAAUGAAGGAGCGAGAAGCGAAAGAAAACAAAACGCUGAAAAGCUCGAGUGGUCUGACACUUGGAUCAUCUAAAAAGCUCUCUGGUUCAAUAAAGAGUGUCUCCAAAAUUGGCGGAAGCAUCAAAAACCUGUCGAAAAGUACACUAAGUCUGACGAAAAAAGCAAAAAAAUUCGGCUCCUCGCUGAGCAUCAACAAGGGCAAGGGGCUCGGGCGUACUGCAUCGAUGACAUCCAUCGGUUCUGGGUCAUUGAUAAUUGAUUUGUCCGCGGCGGACAGGACACGUUUUUCGGACACUAUGCGCGAAGUUCUCAACGAAAUGGAGCCGAUCUGCCAAGAGGAGCAAAAGUUUAUCACCGACUUCUUUAACCUCACAGCCGAAGGACUCUACGAAGGCGACUCAUUCAUUCGUUUCGAUGAAAUUGACGAAAAUAACGAAGCCAAGCGCGAACAAGCUAUCGAGGCGGCGAUCAAUAAAGAAAUCCGACGGUUGAUGUCAGAUAUCUUUGGCGGCGAAUCAGACUCGUUAGAGGAUGAGCUCGGUCAAUUGAUCGAAUUCGGAGAUCAACUUGACAAGCUGAAUUCACUCUCAUUACUUGUCGUUUUGAGCGAACGGGUAUUGAGAGAAAAGCGAAUCGAUGAGUAUCGCCCGCGAACCGGUGAAAAAGUCGGAAUUCUAUGGUUCGUCAAGCAGUUUGACGAUCUAGCCCAGCUAGCCGAGACGAUAUUCGACAAAGCAGAGCGGAGAACCGAUUUGGACAGAGCCUACAAAAAGUUGUUACAAGGCGUUUUACGCGGAAUCGAACAAUGCGCGAACAGCGGGGCAAAAACGCCCUCGGAUGUGAUCCGUUUCCAGAACUACCACCAUUGCUUUGCCGUUUUAUCCUCCCUGCGAAUCGAAGCACUGGCGAAUGAGAGGAAAGAGACGAAGAAGCUGUAUCAGUCCUGUAUGGAAUCGUAUGCCGCUUUGUUCUUGGGAAGGCCGUUGGAGCAAAUCGCGAUUUUCUUCGACGGUGUUACGAAAGAGAUCGACCAAGAGCGGCCAGCUGAGGAGAUUCAAUUCAUGGCGAUGUACAACAAGAGCUCGCUGAGAAAAGUGAUCAAGGAGUAUCCCGGCAAGAAGGUCAAGAAGGGACUUGAAGAGCUCUAUCUCAAGGUCGAGAAGCACACGGCGGAAGACGAUAACAGACUCUUGCAAGUCGUCUGGAGAGAGAUGCAGGAAGAGUUUAUCAGACAAUACAACCAUUAUGACAAUCUUCUUCAACAAUGCUACUCCGGGACUGGCAUAAAGAUGGACUUCACCCUCUCCGACAUCCUCAACUACUUUUCUGAAAUUGCAUCAUCCCAUUACUAG